AGCCUAUUCUAUAAGUGACUCCCCGAUCUGCCCUAAAAAUCAGUUAAUAGUUCGUGCUUGGAGCCUUUACUUCUCCUAGAGCUUGCGAACACCACUUCUUUCUACAUUUUCUUUAUUGAAAAGUACUUCUAGUCUUACAAUAUGCGAGAGUGCAUCAGUGUUCACAUUGGUCAGGCUGGAGUUCAAAUUGGCAAUGCAUGCUGGGAAUUGUACUGUUUGGAACAUGGAAUCCAAGCUGAUGGCAACAUGCCUAGCGACAAAGCCGUAGGUACUGGAGAUGACUCAUUCAAUACUUUCUUCAGUGAGACCGGAGCUGGAAAGCACGUUCCAAGAGCCGUUUUUGUAGAUCUCGAGCCAACUGUGGUUGACGAAGUUCGAACAGGAGGUUAUCGUCAACUAUAUCAUCCAGAACAACUCAUUUCCGGAAAAGAAGAUGCAGCUAACAAUUACGCAAGAGGCCACUAUACAAUCGGAAAAGAAAUCGUCGAUUUAGUAUUGGACCGGAUUCGUAAACUAGCCGACCAAUGUACCGGUCUUCAAGGAUUUCUAAUUUUCCACAGCUUUGGCGGCGGUACUGGUUCUGGUUUCACAUCUCUUUUGAUGGAAAGGCUAUCUGUUGACUACGGAAAAAAAUCUAAGCUCGAGUUCUCCAUUUAUCCAGCUCCACAGGUGUCUACUGCUGUUGUAGAGCCUUACAAUUCUAUUCUAACCACUCAUACCACACUGGAGCAUUCCGAUUGUGCCUUUAUGGUUGACAACGAGGCCAUUUAUGACAUUUGCCGACGAAACUUGGACAUCGAAAGACCAACGUACACCAAUCUCAAUCGUCUCAUCAGUCAGAUAGUAUCAUCCAUUACAGCAUCCCUCCGAUUUGACGGUGCACUGAAUGUCGAUCUCACCGAGUUCCAGACAAAUUUAGUGCCCUAUCCAAGAAUUCAUUUUCCACUUGUAACGUACGCACCUGUGAUAUCUUCUGAAAAAGCUUACCACGAACAACUGAGCGUUGCCGAGAUAACAAACGCAUGUUUUGAACCAGCCAAUCAGAUGGUGAAAUGCGAUCCCAGACACGGAAAGUACAUGGCUUGUUGCAUGCUUUACAGAGGUGACGUCGUUCCUAAAGACGUAAAUGCCGCCAUUGCUGCCAUCAAAACAAAACGAUCCAUUCAAUUCGUAGAUUGGUGUCCAACUGGUUUCAAGGUUGGUAUCAACUAUCAGCCUCCGACAGUCGUACCUGGUGGUGACUUGGCCAAAGUUCCACGAGCCGUGUGCAUGCUGUCCAACACAACUGCCAUUGCUGAAGCAUGGGCAAGACUCGAUCACAAGUUCGAUCUCAUGUACGCCAAGCGAGCCUUCGUCCACUGGUACGUUGGUGAGGGUAUGGAAGAAGGAGAGUUUUCCGAAGCUAGAGAAGACAUGGCAGCUCUUGAAAAAGAUUACGAAGAAGUCGGUUUGGACUCUAAUGAUGGAGGGGAAGAUGAAGGCGAGGAAUAUUAAUCUCCAUUCAUUCAUGCCUUUUUAUUCUCAAUAAAAUGCAAUGCUCAAUU